UUUGAAUCGGGCAGCUACUUGGUUGGGAUUCAAAACAAAUAUGGCGGUCGGAGUUGGGUGACCGGAGUCGUUUGUGGAACGCAAAUCGAACUCGGUCACUGGCGGUACUUGCUCAUCUGGUCUGGAAAUGGAUCCUCCGGUCUUUUCAGAUGUGGUUCCAGAGAGGACAGUGAGGGUUGUGGGUUCGGAGCUGGUGGAAAACUACACUGUGUACAUCAUCGAAAUGAUGGUUGGCCAGUAUAGGUGGACUGUUAAGCACCGUUACAGCGACUUCCACGAGCUUCACGAGAAGCUGACAGCAGAGAAGAAGGUUGACCGGGGACUGCUUCCUCCAAAGAAGAUUUUGGGGAAAAACUCAAAGAGCCUGGUGGAGCGUCGGCAGAAGGAGCUGGAGCUCUACCUGCAAGCUCUGCUGCAACAGUUUCCUGAGGCCACGCCCACCCCGCUGGCCUCCUUUCUGCUCUUUCACCUCUAUGAGAUCAAUGGCAUUGCCACGGCUCUGGCUGAGGAGCUGUUCCACAGAGGUGAGCAGUUGCUGCAGGCAGGCCAAGUCUUCUGCCUCCACCCUCUGCAGCUUUACUCCAUCUCCCAGCAGCUUCGGCUCGCCAAACCAACCUGCUUCAACGGAGAUGCCAAAAGUGACUUGGGACACAUACUGGACUUCACCUGCAGGCUGCGGUAUCUGAAGAUUUCUGGGAGCAGAGGUUCAAUCGGAACCAGUAACAUCCAGGAGACCAGUCUCCCCUUUGACCUAUCUGUUUUCAAGUCACUGCUGCAGAUAGAGAUCAGUGACUGCAGCUCCCAGCAGAUUGGAGGUUUGCCAGCUCUGAGGCCUUCCUUGGUGACCAUGACUGUUCGGCGGACGACUGACUUCAUGACGUCUAUCCUGCUCCCUGAGGCCAGUGAGUUUUCCCAGUGGGAGCCUGAGGGGUUGGAGUCUGCAUGUCCCGUUACCGCUGUCAUUCCAGUUUGGAGGAAUCUGACCACUGUGGACAUGAGCCACAACUGCAUCAGCACCAUCGACAGCUCUGUGAGAGUCAUCCCCAAAGUGGAGUUUUUGGAUCUGAGCUACAACAAGUUGUCCUCGGUAGAAAACCUUCAGCAUCUGUACAACCUGGUUCAUGUGGACCUGUCCUUCAACAACCUACGUGUGUUGGAAGCUGCUCACACCCGCCUGGGGAACAUCAAAACUUUGAACCUGGCUGGGAACCAGCUGGAGUGUCUGAGCGGCCUUUCAAAACUCUACUCCCUGGUCAAUUUAGACCUCAGCCAUAACCAACUGGCCCAGUUGGAGGAAAUCCGGAACAUCAGCCAUCUGCCUUGCCUAGAGAAGCUAAACCUUUCUAGUAACCCUAUUUGCAUAGACCCAGACUACAGAACCAAAGUUCUGGCCCUGUUUGGAGACCGUGCAGCAGAGGUUUGUCUGGACUGUAAAGCAACAAUGGAGAGGGAACUGGAUACUGUGGAGGUUUUAAAAGCCAUUCGGAAAGCCAAAGAGGUCAAAGAUCGAAUGAGCAGCACAGACAAGAAGGCCAGUGAGGAGACCCAGCUGUCUGCUGCUGCACCUCCUCCCUCCUCCUCUUUGUUCACCUCUGCCUCCCUCUCUCCUGAUGACACCUCCUUUUCCCAUCAAACCCAGACGACUGCCUUCUCCAGUCAAGGUAACCAAGUGAUGAGCCCAGAAGAAGCAGCAGUGACUGCACUGCCUCCUGCAAGCCUUCAGAGCAGUGAACGGCUCCUCUCUGCAGACACAGCUCAGGAACAGAAAUCUGCAGUCAUGGAGUCUAAAGCACCUUUAGCCUCUGCUUCAACGGCUGCUGACCGUUGUGACACAUUAUCCUCCAGUCCAGUCCAAAGCCAUUGUUCCCUAUGCAGCUCCGCCCUUUGCCCUCUGCUGCCCCCUUAUUUGUUUUCUCUGUCGUCCAACCAAGACUUCAUCACCCAGCUCUCCAAGCACCUCCGCUCUGCACUCAAGGAGCAGGAGACCAUGGAGGAGGGCACGGAGGUGGAGAGGAGGUCCGAAUCUAGUAGUGGUCCAGUUCUUCUGGAGAAAACUGAUUUUGGCACCUCCAGUCAGGGGUCCAGAGAUGGCUACUUUGAGAUGGGACUAGAUGAUUCUGUGGAAGAGCCACUAAGCCCCUCCCCCACACUACUCCCAGCCCCUGGGACUGAGGAGCCCAGCAGCCACCAGGAGGAGGAGGAAUGUGAGGAGAUUCAGGUCCUCAGAGUUCUGUGGUGCUGCUGUGUUCGAGUGGAGGAAGAGCUGAAGCAUAGUGUGGCAUGUCUAGUACUGACCAGCCAACGGCUGGGUCUGCUGUUCCUGUCACAUGACAACCUAUGGACCAAUCAGGACACAGACCAGUCUGUGGAAAAGGUGCUGUCAUCCCUUCAGAUGGACUUCCUGGUGCCUUUCUCCCAGCUGCUGCUUUCCUUCAGCACCGGGCUUCCUGACUCCUGCAUCUCCUUCGGGCUCCAGGCUGGUCUGACUCGUUGGUACAUCUUCUCUGGGCCAGAGGAGCUCCGGCAGACCAGAGCCCAGUUGAGCGCCUUGCUCCAGGCAGUCGAGUCUCCAAGCAAACUGAAGAACAGAAUCGUCCCCCAGCUCCUGCCUCCAUCUCUAGUCAACUCCUGGGAGCAGGAGGAGAGUCAGGGAGCUCAGGGAGGAUAUCCUGUGCACCUUCUCUCCUCCUUUUCAUCAGGGGACCCCGACCCCCCCUCGCUUCUCUUCCUCACAGACGAGCAGCUCUGGGUGUUGAAGGUGGACUUCACAGAACGAGCUCAAAGGGAAAUGAGCAACAUGGACCUUCAUCAGUGCUCCUCAUCCUGGUGCAGACUUGUUCGCUUUCCACUUGGCUCUGUCGUACUGCACCCCAGACAGAGAGAUGCUGGGUUCCAGGGUCAAACCCAGCACCCCGUGUGCCCACAACCACAGCACGUCCACAGGAGUGGUCACUCUGUGGAGCUUCUCCUCCAGGGUCAACGGCAGCUGCUCCUCUUCCCCCUGACCCAGGACAGGAGCUCUUUCCUGGAGGGUCUCAAGCAGAGAAAAGCCUCUCUGGGGGGCUUGCAGAUGCUGGCUUUGCCUCCUCUCCAGCCCGGCAAGCCCUGCUCACUGCAAGGCUGGUCCUCAAACCAGGGCUGCUCCACGAGCGUUGCCACUCAGCAAACACUUAGCAGCUCAGACUCAGCCCACCUUUGUGUGGAGGAAAACCAGCCACCCCCCCACCUUGUGGCAGGUCUGUCCCCAGCACUGAAGCUCCUGGCUGGACUCAGAGGUCAACAGCUGCUCAGCUGCUUCUGCAGAUACAUAGCUCUGUCUGAGGCAGAGGAGCUGAGGCAGGUCAUGUGGCUGUCUGUCCUUCUGUACAAAUCCCCCCAAACGGAGCUCCCCUGCUGCCUGCUGCUCUCCACCAACUCCAUCUAUUUCCUGCUGGCAGAGUCAGCCAGCCUGCUGGGCCAUGGCGCAGUGUUGGAUGCUUCCGACUCCGGAGAGCCGGACGCCUAUCUGUGCGGCUUUCUGUCCGUCAGGCUGUCUGAGCUGCUGGCGGUCAAUGUGGGCCUGUUUGACCAGUUCUUCAGGAUUGUGGGACACUCAGCCGAUCAGGUUGUAAGCUGCCUCAGCAGGGACAGCUACGGAACAGGCGUCUUCCUCCAGGAGCUGAUGUCCGUCCUCAGUCUGCAGCAGCAGCCCCCCCCCACAGAGACGUCAGAUCAGGAUUUCUACUCGCAGUUCACCGACAUAGGCUCAGGCAAGAUGCAAAACUAUGAGCUGAUCCACAGCAGCAAGGUGAAGUUCAUUUAUCCCAGUGAAGAAGAGAUGGGAGACUUGACUUUCAUUGCAGCAGAGAGGAAGACUCUAGCCAACACAGCUGCUUUGUCCUCGGGCUCCUUCGACAUUCUGCUGUACCUGCUGGUCUUUCAGGUUCAGAUUCCCAGCAAGGAAUCUGCGGGCGCCUCCCCUUCCUUCUCGGCUCCUGGCCCCGGUCCCUCUCCUCUUCUGCUGCCCAGAACUCUGAUCCUAACCAGCUCAGAUCUGUUCCUUCUGGACGAGGACUACGUCAGCUAUCCUCUUCCUGACUUUGCCAAGGAACCUCCUUCCAGGGAGCGCUACCGGUUCUGUGAGGCACGGAGAAUCCGAGAUCUGGACCGGGUCCUGCUGGGAUACCAGACAUACCCUCAAGCUUUGACUCUGGUGUUUGACAACAUCCCUGACCUGCUCUGCCAUCUCACCAUGGACCACUUCGCCAUGAGUGGCAAUGAGGCCCCGCUCAUUCUGGGCAACAAGAGCCCAGAGAGCGAGGUGCAGUGGUGCAUUUUUGUCCCUGGAGCCAACAGCAGAGAGCGGCUUAUCUCGGUACUCGCUCGGCAGUGGGAGGCGCUGUGCAGCCGAGAGCUUCCUGUUGAGCUGACUGGCUGAUUGGCUGGUUUUUCUCGGCUGAUUUGCAGAGGAGUCACACGGUGGCGUCAAAAACACGCGUCUGAUGACCUCCAAGCCUCCUCAGCAAAAACAUGGGUUUGGUAGAAAAGCAGCUGCUCACUUCCUGUUCUUCUGUGUCACCUCCUUUCAUUUGAAUCAGGGAAUUCUCACGUCUGCGUCAUGCCAAAUGAAGCAGCGCCGUGACACUUUUAGAGAGUGUUGUAAAACAUGAAGUUCCAGAAAAGACUAAAUAUUUAGGGAGGAUUUCUCAGCCACAGUUCUUCCUGUUAGCAGAAAGGAGCUUCCUGGAAGGAAACAGCUGAGCCUUCUUCUGUUUUUCAUUCGACAGAAGUUAAGCUAUGCAUUCAGAGGAGCAGCGCAGUAAAUGCUGGGCUCUGCUAAUCACCGUGUCCAUCCAGUUUUUCCACUUCUAUGCUGAAACCAAAAGUCCUCCAAAGAGGAGUCGCUGCAGCCGCACAACAUUUAACUCUGGGACAUACGACUGAUCCAACCCAACUUUUGUUGUUUACUCUGGUUGAACGUGGGAGUUCUACUGAACAUCAGGGAGCUGAGAGGUUUUUACAUUUCUUUUGUUUGGAUCCAUCACCUCUCUUGUGUCUGUUCACUCGUUAAGAAAGCUGUGGAAUCAAGGGGUGAGACGGGGAUAGAGGGCCUCCGUCCUGGUUAAAUGUGGCGUUUUUGGUUUUUAGAAUCAGACAGUUCACACAAAAUAACCAACAAUCCUUCAUGUGUUAUUAUGGGAUUUAUGGGCAUUGGUCUCCAACCAUGUUCUUCUGUUGUCCUGUUUGAUUUCAACACAUUCACGUCUGUUAAUGUCCUGGAUCAGGUGUAAUCUGUUAAUCAAAACCAUGAGUCACAUGAUGCAGCCAAUCAGCAGUGAGUGGGCGGGUUUAGUAGGUGGGGGAACUGUGGCUCACAUCGGCAAAGCUGACCUUGGUUGGUCAAAUAUGGUUUUGAAGACCGAUUCCUUUGCUAAUGGUUAACAGCCGAGAGCAGGGGUCACCAAACCUGUUCCCCGUGGGCUACAGCCCUGCUUGUUUGGCAGCUAAGCCUGCUUCAGGAGAUGCUGAUAAGCUGGGAUCCACCUGAUCCAGGUGAGCAGCAGUUACUGAAGCUGCAAAGCAAGCGGGCCAGUAGACCACGAGGAACAGGGUUGGUGAAGGGUGGCCUAGAGCUUCACAGAGCUCUAAUCACACAGAUCUGAAUGCUUUCAAACACACUUCUUUUUUGUCUGGCCAGUUUAACACGUGCUCAUUUAAAAGCAGCUUCGUGGCCAGUCCAGCUCCCAGAGGACUUUAGUUCCUAGAACUGCAUCCACUGCUGUUGGAUCUAAAUGGUCUUUGCAAACAGAAAACAGCAGCUGGUCUUUGAUAAAUCCAAACAUUACACUUUUAGUGUUACCUUUUCUGAGCUGCACAGCAGAAACCCACAUUUCUGCUUGACCUCCACACUGUCCCAAAGUUUGUCUGGUGGACAAACAACCCAAGGUUUCUCGACAUGAGGGUUUACAAAACCAGAUCUUGUUGAAGUGGGGGUUUCAGGAGGUGGAGCAAAAACAUUAGCAAAGUCACACUCAGAAACAUAAUACACAAAAAUAAAAAGUCUGAUUUUUCUCCAAACAGUCUUCUUUCCUUUAGCCAUGGCCCUUCAGCCUCUCCAGAGCAAACCUCCACCCAGUAGCAGUUUUAGGCACGGGCAAUAAGGGUAAUUGCCUGGGGCGCAAAUUUAAAGGGGGCGGCAGCUUAGUGCUCGCCCGCUCCACUGCCUCCACCUCUGUAGAUGUUGCUCCACCUGCUAGCAUGUCAGAUCCUAAUGUUGUGUUCAGGACUUCAUGUCAGUUAAACAAUUGGUUUCUGAAAUGAAGUUUCUUUAUUUUCAGUCAUGUGUAGUCCUGUCCCAACUUUUUAAAGACCUGCGACAGACGUCAGAUAUGAAGUCGCGUCGUUUUUCUGUUGGAACAUUUGUAAUAGUUUAUUUUCUGAUGUUAAUAUGAUAUUUGUUAUUGUGAUCUGAAGUCUUUACAUUUGUAUCCUAUUAAAUCAAUUAUGCACAAUUA